AGAGGAGGUGGCUGCGGCUAUUUUGGCCAGGGAAGCUUGGGGCUAUUUCCUUCCGAGGCGCCUUCCUAGGGCAUCUUUGCUCCUGUAAACACCGCCGGAAGCCUUUCUCUCCAUGCUCGCUCCGUUGCCGCCGCCGUCAUCAUGAUGCCCGUUUUCAAGAGCAGCCGGCGCGACUUCACCUUCGGGCCGUGGAAGCUGACGGCUGCUCGGACCCACAUCAUCAAGUCGGCCGAUGCCGAGAGAUUAGCUGAAGAGUUACGCAUGCCUUGUGUUCCAGAAAUGAUGUUUGGAGACAAUGUUUUACGAAUUCAACAUGAAUCUCUCUUUGGAAUAGAGUUCAAUGCAACUGAUGCUUUAAGAUAUGUAAAUAACUCUCAAGGAAUGGUUAAAGUUGCUUGUGCAGAGGAAUGGCAAGAAAGCAGGUCUGAGCCCGAGCACACAAAGGAAGUUGUUAAACCAUAUGACUGGACCUAUACAACAGACUACAAAGGAACUCUGCUAGGUGAUAUGUUAAAGUUAAAGGUUUCUGCCACGACAGAACAUAUAGAUACAGAGAAACUAAAAGCCAGGGAACAGAUCAUGUUUUUUGAAGAAGUGCUACUGUUUGAAGAUGAACUUCAUGAUCAUGGAGUUUCAAGCCUAAGCGUAAAAAUAAGGGUAAUGCCUUCAAGUUUCUUUGUGCUGUUGAGGUUUUUCUUGAGAGUCGAUGGUGUGCUUAUCAGGAUGAAUGAUACCAGGCUUUACCAUGAGGCCAACAAGUGCUACAUGUUGCGGGAAUACACCUCCAGGGAAAGCAAAAUAUCAAGUUUAAAGCAUGUUCCUCCACCGCUGUUCACAGAUCCUAAUGAGAUUGCUCAGUAUUUACCAGUUAAAGAAAAUAUUUGUGAGAAGCUGGAAUUUCCAGAGAAUUUGUGUCCUGAAUCUGCAGCUGCACCGGAAGGCACUUAAGUGGAAUCUCUGUUAUUGGGUGGACUGGAAAUAGACCUUGUUCUGGAGACCAUAUAACUUCUUGGCCAUUACCCUAGAAGAUUUCACUACUUGCUGGAUACGAUCUAUUUGGAUGUCUGGCUAAUAUUUCUGUAGCCAAGGGUGGGUCUGGGCUAAUUUCAAAAUUUUGCCUAUGUUUUCAUGUUUCUCUAUUUCAUAUUUGCUCAGAACUAGUGAUAAACUUGUUUGGAACUGGAAUUAACUGACAUUUGAGAAUAAGCCCCCAAAUCAACAGCAUUUUUUUCGAAGCAUACAGCAUUUCAAGAAAGCUUGGAGAGUUUUGAAAAAAUAAGACGCAUUCAUAAGCUCAAACAGCUUCUAAGAACUUUAAUGUAGUCUUUUGUUAUAGAAGGACUCUGUUUCAUAUAAUGCAUAAAAUGGAGUGCAUUGAUUAUGCUUCAUCUCUAAAAUACAUUGGAUGUAUUACUAUUUUUA